AUGGUGUUUUUGGCGGCUCUUCUGCCGGUUGUACUGAUGAGUGAAUGUCAGGAUGAAAAUGAUUGUUCUGAUGUUUAUAACUCAGGAGAAACAGUCAGUGGGAUUUACUCCAUCUAUCCAGCAGGUGAUGUUCCUGUCUCGGUUUAUUGUCAGAUGAUCUCAGAUGGGAACGAUGAAGACAAAGGAGGAUGGACGGUGAUUCAGAGGAGAGUAGACGGCAGUGUGAAUUUCUAUCAGCCGUGGAAUCACUACAAGAGAGGAUUUGGGAUUGUGGAGAGUGAAUACUGGCUGGGGCUGGAGAACAUGUACCAGAUGACAUAUAAAAGGAGUUACAAGCUGAGAGUGGAUCUGGAGGACUUUCAAGGAAAUAAAGUUUUCGCUCAGUACUCAUCCUUCUCUGUGGAUCCUGAAGCUGAUGGAUAUAGACUGCAUGUUUCAGGGUUCGAGAAUGGAGGAGCAGGCGACUCUUUAUCUUUUCAUAAUGGACAGAAGUUCACCACCUUAGACAAAGACCAAGAUGUCCGUGAAGGUAACUGUGCCAAACUCCGUCUCGGGGCAUUUUGGUACAAAGACUGUCUGGAGACAAACCCCAGUGGUGUGUAUUUAUGGGGUGAAGAUGCCACCCAUUUCGCUAUUGGAAAUAUUUGGUCAACAUGGAGGAAUCAUGAUGUCGGUAUGAAAUCCAUCAGCAUGAAGAUCAAACGCGUGUCAUGA